UCGCUCCUCGCGCAGCCAGUCCCUCAACUCAAGUAUAACCUCAAAAUUCGAACACUCGAAAGCGCCGCGAGUACAGUUGAACUAAGAAAAUCGAACAUCAUUUCUGUUCGAUAAGAUUUAUUCUUCGAAAUGACAAAUCCAGGAAUUUGGAUCCACAAAAAAAAUCCUCGAAGUGUUUUAUAAAAGCGACGUUGUUGUCGUCCAUUGUUCGAGUGAAAUUUCGACAUUACAAAGUGUCCAGCAAAGUUGAUAGACCUGCGAAACCUUCGUCGUGAAUUUCACGGUGAAUAUGCGGCACUUGAAUUCUCUCGGUGUUACCAUAUUAAAUGUAUUGGAUGUAUAAAUAUGAGAACAUGAAUAAUAUUGUUUUGGUUGGUUGUGUCGAAGGAAAUAUCAUUAAUCAAUAUUACGACAUGGAUAUAUAAUCGGACGUGUUGGACGAAGCGUUGCUCCGUCGGUUGAAGGGGCGUUGUGUUUCUCUCGGAGCCGUCGAGUGGCGCGAGUGUUGCACAGUGUUGCCAGUGUCAGUACAAAUGUAUUAGAUUCAGUACUAUUGCUCAUUUUUUAGUACGCACGUACGACGGAAACGAAACUAGUACGACUUUUUUUUUCUGUCGGUACGUUCGAUUUACCGACCGACUGGUGAAAUUUGCUGCCUGCCCUCUAUCUCAUAACACGAAAAUCUUAUGUACAGCGUCAUUUUUAACGGUUUUCUCGUUCCCGCCUGAACGUGUUUUUGUUUUGUGUUCAUUUUCUUUCCAUCUUCUGCCGAUUCUCAAAUCUUUUGGUUUAUAUAACUCCUGUACCUGUAUAAGCAUUUCAUGAGUCAUGAAUAAAAUUUAGCAAAUGAAAUAUUAAAAUAAGUGUGGAACUUCAUCGUCGAUAUUCUAUAGGAUAUACGUAUCAUCGGAUUGUUUCACCUUAACCUAGCAUCCUGCUUCCUGCUUUGUUGUUCUUUCAGAGUCCUAAAGAUUCCCUUUUCACGAUUUACGAAGACUACGAUGGAUCCGAUUGUUCGAAAACGUUUAAGGGAUAAGUCAUGCUCAGAUUCUUCGAUCACCGAUGACGAAGAUACAUCGCGGCAGAAAAAAAAAUCCUCACGCUCGGUCAAAGUCUACAAACAGAAAUUUAAAGAAGAGUGGCGGCAAUCAUUCGGGAAAUGGCUGAUUUGUACAGAAGAUAAGAAACCUCGAUGUACUGCGUGCAAUAAAAAUUUAGAGGGUGGAUAUUCCCAUAUUAAGCGUCAUGCUGAAACGCAAUUCCAUAUAAGGGAAUUAGAAGUGGCUAGACAGACCCCUAAGCUUGAUGUUAUCUUUAAAAAGACAACUCAAAAUGAUCAAAUGAAACAGAAGGCGAAGGAUGCAGAGUUAAAAAUGGUUAUGUUUUUACACGAACAUAAUCUACCGUUUUUGCUCAUGGAACAUCUACCCUCUUUUGUAAAAAGCGUGUGCCCGGAUUCAAAAAUCGCUGAAAACGUUAAAUGUUCCCGCACAAAAGCCACUGCCAUCACGAAAGACUGCCUGGCGCCGGAAGCAAAAGAGGAUAUCUGUCGGCGUUUAAAAAACUCAGUCUACUCACUCAUAAUCGAUGAAACGACUGAUGUCGGAACAAAAAAAUCCCUUGCCAUAAUCAUUCGCUUUUUCGAUGAGAUGAAAAUGAGUGUAGUCGAUAGAUUUCUUGGAUUGGUUCAAAUCGAAAGUGCUACUGCCGAAUCUAUAUUUUCAACAAUAUUGAAAUGUUUGAAAGAAGUGGGAAUCCCUUUCGCCAACAUGAUCGGCUUCGCUGCUGAUAAUGCUUCAACCAUGAUGGGCAAAACGAAUGGAGUGCAAGCACGAUUUCGGCAAAUUCUUCCACAUAUAUUCGUCCUUGGAUGUGUAUGCCACUCCUGCCAUCUCUGUGCAUCUGCAGCAGCGAAUAAACUGCCUAAAUCGAUCGAGGAUUUUGCGAGGAGUGUCUACAAUCAUUUUUCCAAUAGUAGCAAGAGGACAGGAGAGUUGGCAGAGUAUCAAACAUUUGUGGAUCUCAAGCCUCAAAAAAUGCUUAGACCAAGCCAGACUAGAUGGCUGUCGCUUCAGGCUGCUGUUGAUCGGAUUCUCCACCAUUGGGAUGCGCUGACGCUCUAUUUUACAAAUGCAGUUUUCGAAGACAAUCUGCAUUCAACAGAAUCGAUACUCAAUUGCUUGAAAACUCCGGUGUACAAACUGUAUCUCACCUUUUUAUCAUACACGUUGGAAAGUGUAAACAAAUUGAACCUCGAGUUCCAGAGCGAAAAGCCAAAGAUCCAGUCUUUGAAUAAAUCCGUCUCUGAGCUUUUCAAAUCUAUGCUCAAGAAUUUUAUGCAGCCAUCAUAUGUCGAUAAGACACCACUGGAGAAAGUGCUAAUCAGAAAUCCACACAAUUUUUUACCGCUCAACGAAAUAUAUUUCGGUGCGAAAGCUGAAAUAUUAAUUUCCAAAGGAGCCAUUGAAGCUGUUGAACUUCAGAGGUUCAGGACCCGAGCACUGGAUUUUUAUCUCGAGCUAUGCUCGCAAAUACAAAAUAGAUUUCGUUUCAACGAUCCGAUGUUGAAAUAUGUCGAAAUCUUCUCACCGGAGACUGCAUUAAAUGGAUCGAUCCGAAGUAUCAUUGUUUCAACCACACUCAACUUUCCGAAGUUGUUUAACGAAAACAACCUUGAAGGAUUGGAUGCCGAAUGGCGACUGUUGCCUAAUGUGCAAGACAUUAAGAAAUUUGAAAAUUUCGAUUUCGCAGAAUUCUGGAUGAAGAUAGCGUGUUUGAAAAACUCUCUGGAUGAGAUGAUGUUUCCGAAUCUAACAAAAUUAAUCAAAGCCAUUUUAUCUUUGCCUCAUUCAUCAGCUGCAGCCGAACGGACGUUUUCACAACUAAAUUUGAUGAAAACGAAAAGCAGAAAUCGACUAGAUGUCGAUACCUGUGAGGCAAUUUUGCAUUCUAAAGCACUAUUAAACGAGUCAACGUGCUAUAACUGGCAACCUUCAUCAACGUUGCAAGCAAAAAAACCAAAAAUUUGAUUUGAAGUCAUUUUUAUCUUCUCCUUUCUACUACUUAGUUUUUAAAUCCUUAUGGAACAAAAACGCGUGAAACGUGAAAUAUAAAUUUAUGAAUUAUCGGAAGUUGUUUGAUGUAUAGUGGGCUCAUAGUCAUAAGAUAAGGUGAUCCACAUAUAUAUGAUAAAACAUGUGUAAUAUGUUAUGUAACAUGUUCUGUGAUCUCAACUCCCUCGGGAAAAAGAAAUGAAUAUAUUUGAUAUUUGAUACUUCUAA